GUUCCUACCUGGUUCCAACCACAAAUCAUAGAGGUUGUGAGCAAAGAGUAAAUUCGUCUUCUCUUGUCUUCAUCUAUGAGUCUUCUACGUAAGUUUGAGUAGGUUUUGACGCCUUACCAGAGACAAGUCUUGUCUCUGGCCUUACUAAUUACUGGCGAAACUAAGAUAAACUGGGGUUUGGAAAACUCUGGAAUAUUUCCGAUUCAUAUCAACCACCGAUCAACUCAAAAUACUUUUACAAUGCGGAGGCAGCACGUUGACCUUCACAAUGCCCAAGCAAAAUGGAAACUUCCAUUCCAACCACCUCGAGUUGAUCCCGUUAUUCCAGGUUCACACAAAUUCGAAGAGCUCGCUAACUUGUACGUUAAAAACCUGGAUGGUACUAUUGAUGACGAGCGACUACGAGCCGAAUUCGCUCCAUUUGGAACAAUCACUCAGGCAAGAGUGAUGAUGGAAGGAGGACGCAGUAGAGGAUUCGGCUUUGUCUAUUAUACAACCGAAGAAAGUGCCCAAUUGGCCGUAGCAGAAAUGGAUGGGAGCGUUCUUGGUUCCAGCCCCAUAUCUGUCUCGUUGUGUAGGCACACACACGACGGUAGUUCCAUUAAACCAGAAACAACUCGAGACGAGACUAACGGGAAUUCUGAUUAAACUAAACAAGUAUAAUUAAGAGUUUGGGAACGCAACAUCAUCGUUUUACGUUCCAAAAUAAAAUUGCUGUCUACUGGUUGUGGGCUACUCGUCUUUAUCUAUGGUUGUGGGUCGACCAUUUAGCCUGCACUCAUCAACCAUGUUUCAGCCCCCAAAUUCUUGCUAAUUGUCCUGGGAUGAGGCGAAAAAUCCAGAACGCAGUUGGAUGGAUGUGAGCCAAAUGCGGUUGUGCCCUUAUGUAUUAAAGCUGUUCUUUGUACUUUUUCAACUGCAGUGUGAAUUUUGUCAUUGUUUUCACUAGUGAAGUAAGAUACUUAUCAAUGCAGCCUAAGUCAUAAGUCCAUAUGCAGGGUUAGGUGUAGCCAAAAUCAGAGGAACCAGCUUUAACCUCAAAAACUAUUAGAAAUUAGUACCAAACAAACAUCCACGGGUUGUAAAACUUUAUAAGUGUAAGGGACUUUGUUUGUGAUAAAUGAAACUGUGAGCUAAAGGCAUGAACAAUUAUCCAACCAGAAAUGCGUAUUUCGAUUUGGAUCAGCAGCGUUUAGGUGAUCGAAACCAAUGAAUCAUGCCCUGUCGUUUCGGAGCCCUAUUAAGGCAAGUUGCAUGACUUCAAUGCGUGGCUCUCAUUGUUGCUCGCAUUUAAGCUAUCGGCAAAUAUUCAAAAUGUGUUUGACUGAAACCUUCGGUGUGCUUAUGGUCUGUAAAUCUUAGAUAACUGGGUGUCCAGUGAGACGCAUCUUCCAAAAAUCCCCCUAUGCCUGCCAGCGAUUCCACCAUUGAACUGAACCAAGUCACAGUCGACCAGCAAAACAGCGCUACUGAAAUUGCUGAGCCCCAAAACCAUGGUCAAGACGAAGAAGAUGGGGCUGCGCCAUCGGCUGUUGAUCGUGAAACUGAAACGAGUGGAGACACCCUGGAAGGGCAGGAACAUCGAGUGAUCCCCAUCGGCCGGGAUUAUCCUCCCUUGAUUAAAUUCUGCAAUAACAGGAUUUCCACCGCCAAAUAUAGUGUUAUAAGAUUUGUGCCGUUGUUCCUUUUUGAACAAUUCCGACGAUGGGCCAACAUUUUUUUCCUGAUGAUCGCCCUGCUGCAACAAAUUCCCGACGUCUCUCCGACUGGCAGAUACACCACUUUAGUGCCUCUCAUCUUCAUUCUGUCCGUUUCUGCCAUCAAGGAAAUCAUAGAAGAUAUAAAAAGACAUCGAGCUGACGACGAAACCAAUCAUCGCAAAGUCGAGGUUCUGAGGGACGAGACCUGGAUCAGCAUCCGAUGGAAGGACGUAGUAGUGGGCGAUAUAGUCAAGGUGGCAAACAACAACUUCUUCCCUGCCGAUCUCGUUCUUCUGGCGUCCAGUGAGCCUCAGAGUAUGAGUUUCAUCGAGACUGCUAAUCUAGAUGGUGAAACUAAUCUGAAAAUUCGCCAAGCUCUGCCCAGUACUGCCAAAUUGACCACCACACAUGAUCUGGCGAGUUUUAGGAGGCUGAAUGGUACUUUGGAGUGCGAGCCUCCUAAUAGGCACCUGUACGAGUUUAACGGCGUGUUCAAGGACUACAACAAACACCAGGAGCCGAUAGGCCCUGAUCAGAUUCUCCUAAGAGGAGCCAUGUUAAGGAACACGUCCUGGGUUUUUGGCCUGGUGAUUUAUACGGGGCACGAAACGAAAUUGAUGCGCAAUUCCACAAAAGCCCCUUUGAAGCGUUCCAGCAUCGAUAAAAUGACCAACAUUCAGAUACUGCUGUUGUUUGGGCUUCUUUUUGUCAUGUGCCUGCUUUGUACCGUUUUUAAUGUGAUUUGGACACGUGCCAACGGCGACAGCCACUCUUACAUUGGGCUGAAAGAAACUGAGAACUUUUUGUACACUUUUCUAACGUUUUUGAUUCUAUUUAACAACCUCAUCCCCAUUUCCCUGCAAGUUACUUUGGAAGUGGUACGUUUUAUACAGGCUAUUUUUAUCAACAUGGACCGCGAAAUGUAUCACGCAGAAACCGACACUCCAGCGAUGGCAAGAACCUCGAAUUUGAACGAGGAACUGGGGCAAGUUAAGUACAUAUUUUCCGAUAAAACUGGCACCCUGACCAGAAACAUUAUGGAGUUUAAGAGAUGCGCUGUAGGCCAUGAGGUUUACAGAACAGCCGAAACACCGGAAAAUUCAGUACUUUUCCAGCAUCUUAAAGAAAAACAUAAGAACUCUGAGAUGAUCAAGGACCUUUUGGUGCUUCUGUCCGUAUGCCAUACGGUAAUCCCAGAGCAAAUGCCUGAUGGUUCCAUGGUAUAUCAUGCAGCAUCUCCAGACGAACGAGCGCUCGUUUAUGGAGCUGCUAAGUUCGGAUACGUUUUCAAAAGCCGAACUCCUGACUAUGUGGACAUCACCGCCUUGGGCCAAAUCGAAAGAUACGAAGUGCUGACAGUGCUAGAAUUUACUUCAGCCCGCAAGCGGAUGUCGGUUAUCGUAAGGGACCCGCAAGGAAAAAUUAAGUUGUUUUGCAAAGGAGCUGAUACUGUGAUAUAUGAAAGAUUAGAUAACAACGCCUCAUCCAGAGAGUACAGAGAGUUGCUAUUGCAGCAUUUGGAAACUUUUGCCACUGAAGGUUUGCGCACCCUUUGCUGUGCAGUGGUAGAGCUGAAGGAAAGCGACUACGAAGACUGGAAACAAAUGUACCAUAAAGCGUGCUGCAGCAUCCAGCACAGAGAAGAAAAAAUCGACGAGGCAGCAAACCUGAUUGAAAGGAAGCUGAAGCUGAUUGGGGCCACCGCCAUUGAAGAUAAGCUGCAAGAGGGCGUUCCUGAAACCAUAGCCACCCUCUUAAAGGCCGACAUCAACAUUUGGGUUUUAACGGGGGAUAAGCAGGAAACAGCCAUCAAUAUCGGCUACUCCUGCCGGCUGAUAUCGCAAGGAAUGCAAGUGAUUAUUCUCAAUGAAGAUGGCCUGGAUAAUGUCAGGGAGGCUAUUUUGCGCCACUGUGAUGAACUGGGGGAGAACUUGGAGAAACCAAACGAAAUCGCCCUGAUUAUUGACGGGAAAACUUUGAAGUAUGCACUCACUUGUGAGUUAAGAACUGAGUUUCUUCGGCUGUGUGUUUCUUGCAAGGUGGUUGUUUGCUGUCGGGUUUCGCCGAUGCAAAAAGCCGAAGUAGUCGAAUACGUUACAAAAUACACAAAAUCCAUUACGUUGGCUAUUGGAGAUGGCGCUAAUGAUGUGGCCAUGAUCCAGAAGGCUCAUGUAGGAGUUGGAAUAUCCGGGGUUGAAGGCCUGCAGGCUGCAUGUGCAAGUGAUUACAGUAUAGGCCAGUUCCGGUUUCUACUAAGGCUGUUGUUGGUGCAUGGCGCAUGGAACUACUCCAGAAUGUGCAAGUUGAUUUUAUACAGUUUCUACAAAAACAUUUGCCUCUAUGUUAUUGAGUUGUGGUUCGCGAUCUACUCGGGCUGGUCCGGGCAAAUUCUCUUCGAAAGAUGGUCAAUAGGGUUGUACAAUGUGCUUUUCACCGCCUUGCCACCACUGGCUAUGGGAUUGUUCGAUAAGAGUUGCAGCGCGGAAAAAAUGAUCAGCUACCCCCAGUUGUACAAGCCGUCCCAAAGCGGCGAACUCUUCAACAUCAAGGUGUUUUGGAUGUGGAUUAUCAACUCUUUGGUGCAUUCUGCUCUGUUGUUUUGGCUGCCCGUAUUGGCCACUCAGCACGAUGUUUUGUGGAUCAAUGGCAAAGAAGGCGGCUACUUGGUGAUAGGAAAUGCAGUUUAUACAUAUGUAGUAGUGACAGUGUGUUUGAAGGCUGGUUUAGUAACGAACUCUUGGCCGUGGCCUACACAUUGCGCCAUUUGGGGCUCAAUAGUUCUAUGGUUUGUUUUCGUGAUAAUAUACAGUUUGUUCUGGCCAACUAUUCCCAUUGGUAGCGUAAUGUGCGGCAUGUAUAUUAUGAUCUUUAGCAGUGCCGUGUUCUGGAUGGGCCUGUUCCUCAUUCCUGUGAUCACAAUUAUUCCGGAUUGUGUAGUGAAAAUAGUGCAAAGUACAGCAUAUAAAACGCUUACCGAUGUGGUUAGGGAGAGCGAAAUCCGGAAGCGGGACCCGGAAGUGUAUCGGGGCGACUCAAAAAAUUCACCUAUGCAUGCGUUGGAGCAGUUUGCCAUAUACUAUCUGAGACCGCUCGGCUGCUCAAGAACGUCUUCUUUCGGAGGACGCCGAGGAUCGAACAGGACGUCGAAAUGGAUCAUGGCUUUGCAUUUUCCCAAGAAGAGGGUGGCGCUGUUUCUCAAACGGACAUUAUCAGAGCUUAUGACACCAAUAUACCGAAGCCCGAUGGCAUGUAAACUGCCAACGAAAAAGCUCCCUUAUCGGGAAACAAUUUACAGUGUUUAGCCAAUUUCGACUUAAACAACUACCUUUUUUUAUUCAUAAACACCGUCAACUUAGUUGCACUGAUUAGAUUAGAAACCGGAACGUUUCAUACGGAUGAAUGUAUCAAAACUUGAACAAUCACGAAGACUUAGUCUGGAAGAAUUAUGUUUAAAAAUAUCUGAUUGGCAGGGGCAAAAGCAAAAGACAAAAUUUCACUUGUUUGCUAUUGAUUAUGCCGCUGUUGUCUCCUCUACUAAAUAUCGAGUAGAACUCAAAACUGUAGCUAAAUAAUUACGCAUAUACAGGAUGGGGCAGUAAAUUUUUGGCUUUUCUGUCUCACCCUGUGUAAGUCUAAACUAUAAAUGUGCCUUUCGCAUUUUUAGUUUUUAUACAUAAUUUACACCGUAGAUGUUUUCUCUCAAGGUGCAGAUAAUGAGGAGUUUUUGGUUACAGAGUUAAGUCAUCCUAAACUAGAGGUAUAAAAUCAAAUUUUAACUAGCAAAAGUAGGAUUAAAAGUGCAAAUGUUUACUACAGCAUCGGUUGGGUGUUUCACUUAUGUAAAAGAAUAUUUUCUGCAACACCAAAAUAGGUUGGGAAGUGAAGCGCCGCCGACAUACUUGAUGUUAUUAGGGUUACAAAACUAUAAUAAGCCUUAAAAGAUGUAUUUUAUAGGACUCUGUUGAAUUUCCGUUGUUUAAUUUUUAAUAACUCUAUUUCUACAAUAACAACAAUACCAAAUCGUCUGUUUUAAAUUCUUUACAAAUGUGAAACGUGUACGGUAUAAAGCGUUCGGCUUAUCGCAAUGUGGUUUUAAAUAAUUUAUGUACUAUUUGAAGUUCUUCGAUUGUUGAUAAUAAAUGGGUAUUUAAUUUUGUUUUA